AUGGCGCUUCUCGGUAAUAUUCCUGUGACGCUCUCCGUUGUCUCCACGGCUCGGACCUUUGCUACACAGCAUCUCUUUGCCUGUCUGAUUGCUUUUAUCUUGAUUCGAUGCCUUUACAAACGUUACUUUUUGCCCCUUCGACACUUUCCCGGGCCACCGUUGGCGUCUGUCUCACGUCUAUGGAGAGUUUGGAGCGUCUGGACUGGCAAGAACGAAGAGCACUACAUAUCAGCCCACAGGAAAUACGGCCCCGUCGUACGUACCGCCCCGAACGAGCUCUCAUUCUCGUCCGCUACGACCGCUCUUGACAUAUUCAAGACAGGCAAGGGACUUGACAAGACCGACUUCUAUGGUGUAUUUCCUCCUCUAUACGAGCGAGACAUAUUUACAGAGGCGAGGGAGUCCGUCCAUCGCGUCAAAAAGCGGUACGCAUCUCCCGGGUUCAGCCUCCAGGCCAUGCAACAGUCGACGCCUCGCAUCGAAGAAGCCGAGAGACUUUUACUGUGUAAGCUGGAUGAGUAUGCCCAUGGCAACAAGACGUGCGAUCUGGGAGACUGGUUGCACUUCUUUGCCUUUGACGUCCUCGGCGAGGCUGCCUUUUCUACAAGGUUCGGGUUCCUCGAGGCUGGGUUCGACGUAGGAGGCGCGAUGGAGUCCAUAAACCGUUCAAACCGGUACAGCGGUAUUGUUGGUCAAAUCCCAGGACUAGACCCGUUCCUCCGCCGCAACCCCCUCCGAGGCUACAUCUCUUACUUUGCCUCCAAGAUGCCCUUGAUAACCAGGAUCGCCCUCGAUCAGCUCGAGAGUCGAGUUAAGCCUGGCAAUCAAAAGUUCGCCAAGUUUACUGACCUCCUCAACUCGACUAUGCAGGCGCAGAAGCAGAAUCCCGAGGCACUCAGUCAUGGAGAUGUAUUUGGUAUUGCGCACGGGGCAAUCUUUGCCGGCAGUGAUAGCACUGCCUCGACCAUGCAGAGUUUCAUGUGGCACGUCUUGUCUCAACCUCGCGUGCACAACGCCUUAGCCAAAGAGAUCAUGUCCGCCAGCCUGAGUGAAAUGGUUCAGUAUGACGAGUCGCAGAAGCUGCAUUACUUCCAGGCGUGCCUCAAGGAGGCCAUGAGGGUGAGUCCCGCUGUAGGGCUCAAUAUUUCCCGAAGGGUGCCUCCCACAGGCGCUGAGAUCGGCGGGCUGAAGCUGUCCGGCGGAACCGAGGUGGCCGUGAACGGCUGGGUGGUGCACCGAGACAAGCAAGUCUUUGGCCAAGACGCCGACAAUUUCAGGCCAGAGCGAUGGCUAGAAGCCGACAAGGAUACUCUGAGAUUUGGCGGUGGUUCCCACGUCUGUCUUGGUCGCCACUUGGCUCUGUUGGAGAUGUCCAAGGUGCUUCCCGAGCUGUUUCGGAGAUACCACCUGCAGCUCGUCAACCCUGACCAACCGCUUCAGCGUUCCUCAACGUUCUUUGUGGUUCAGUCAGGUCUGCAUGUCCACUUGAAGCUUAGGGAAAUGCCCUGA